AGCAGCAGCAGCAGCAGCAGCAGCAGCAGCCACAACAGCAAGGAGAUCCCUCAGCUGGUAGCAGCAGCAGCAACAAUAACAAUACUAGCACCAAGAAUAAGAAUCAAAAUCCAAACCAGAAACAGGACGACAAUCAUAGCAAGGACGACGAGGAUAAAGUAGGAACAUUGCCAUUGCCAUUCAUACAUAGCAAGAAGACGCCCGCCGCCCUCUUCCUAUCCCGUCCAUCCUCCUCGUACACGGACCUCUGCACCUGCUGCAAUAGCAGCAGCAGCAGCAGCAACUCCUCUGCAUCCUCCACAACCUCCUCAUCCUCAUCGGCAGGUGCAUCCGCCGUUGCCAGGCAGCUAGCCCGCUCUGUGACCGCCACCAGCAUCAUGGAUAUGCCCUACAACACGUCGCCGUCGCUACGCGUGCGCACCACCUCGCUGAAUCAAUUAAAGAAGACCGCUGAUCUGGCCAUUGAGAAUGAGCUGCAUGUCUGCCCCUCGGUAAUGUCCGAGGAGCUGCGCAAGCUGCUGCCCCCCACCUCGGAAACGGUGAUGACCAAGCCAUUUCCCAUUCGCGGCGAACGCACCAUAGCCGACUGUACAACGCCGCAUGUGAUUGCCAUGGUUGGACUGCCGGCCCGUGGCAAGACCUUCAUCUCGAAGAAACUGGCACGUUACCUCAACUGGAUUGGGAUUGCUACGCGGGUCUUCAACCUGGGCGAGUAUAGGCGUCAUGCGACCACGGCGUACAAGUCGCACGAGUUCUUCCGGGCCGACAAUGAGGAGGCAAUGGCCAUUCGCAACAGGUGCGCCAAUCAGGCGCUCCACGAUUCCUGUGAGUGGCUGCUCAGUGGACAGGGAAGCAUUGCCGUCUUUGAUGCCACCAAUUCGACGCGUGAUCGUCGCCAGCUGAUCCAUGACAUUGUGGUGAAGCAGCACGGCUUUAGGCUGUUCUUUGUGGAAUCCAUUUGUGACGAUCCAAUGAUCAUUGAGCAGAACAUACUGGAGGUGAAGGUCAGUUCGCCGGAUUAUCUCAAUAUGAACACGGAGCUGGUGGUGCGUGACUUUUUGCAACGCAUCGAGCACUAUGAGGAGCGUUACCAGCCCAUUGAUGAGGUCACCGAGGCUCAUCUUAGCUUCAUGAAGGUCUACAAUGCCGGCAAGAAGGUGGUUGUCUACAACAACGAGGGCCAUGUGGAAUCCCGUAUCGUCUACUACCUGAUGAACAUCCAUAUCACGCCGCGCACCAUCUACCUGACGCGGCACGGCGAGAGCGAGCAUAACCUGAGCGGCCUCAUUGGAGGCGACUCGAACCUGAGCGCCCGUGGCCAUCAGUAUGCCAAUGCCCUGUCCACGUUCAUUGCCCAGCAGCAGAUCGAUGGACUGCGCGUUUGGACAUCGUGGAUGAAGCGAGCCAUCCAGACGGUGGCCGAUGUGAAGGCACCGCAGGAGCGCUGGAAGGCCCUCAAUGAGAUCGAUGCAGGACAUUGUGAGGAGAUGACCUAUGAGCAGAUUAAGGAGCGCUUCCCCGAGGAGUUUAAGGCACGCGAUGUCAACAAGUUUGCGUAUCGGUAUCCGCGUGGCGAGAGCUACGAGGAUCUGGUGGCCCGCCUGGAGCCGGUGAUCAUGGAGCUGGAGCGACAGGGUAAUGUGCUGGUCGUAUCGCAUCAAGCGGUUCUGCGUUGUCUCUUUGCCUACUUCCUGGACAAGUCCGCCGAUGAGCUGCCGUAUCUGUAUGUGCCGCUGCACACGGUCAUUAAGCUGACGCCCGUGGCCUACGGCUGCAAGGUGGAGCACAUUAAGCUGCCCAUCGAUGCGGUGGAUACGCAUCGGCCGAAACCCAAGAUACCCGGCGAUGUGAGCGAACCGGGUCUGGACGGACUCAGCGGCGAGCUGGUGGCGCCCGAUGGCGUCGGCAAGGUGCUCAUUGUGGGCGACGAUGUGGCGACGGCCACGAAUGGCAAUGGCGGGCGUGUCGAUGCCCAGGCGCAUCAAUGACGGCGUCGCCGGCCUCCCCAGUACCCGAAUCCGAAAUCCAAGACACUUUAAGCAUGGAACCUACACCACCUCCGAUACCACACACACACACACAGAUAUCCCCCCAAGACUUCAACUUAUCCCGAUCCAUUGCAAUCAGACACAUUCUUGCAAACCGAUUGAAGCGGACCUUGGAUAUGGAAGCGCUGCUGCUGAUGGCAACUCUGAUCAUGAUCCUGAUCCUGCUCCUGCUCCUGUGAUGUGGUAGGGGCAUCACUACUUAACUUUACUUAAUAUCCAGUCGAGGGCUCUCUCUCUCUCUAUCUUUAUUUAAGUUUCGGGCUGCGACACAAAAUUGUGAUUGAUCUAUUUGAGCUGUUUUAUUAUGUACUUUUACGAAAACAAAAAGGAAAAACAAAAAACUAUACGAAAACGAAAACAUUUUUUAACAUUUACUAGGAGGACAUGUCCAAACUGUAUACUUAAAUUUACAAAAUCAUAUAUUAUAUACUAUAUAUUGUAUGUGUGUUGUUUACACUUGCCAGGAAGCAAGCUAUAUAGCUUAGUUGGAUGUGAUGAUAAUGAUGAUGAUGAUGAUCAGUUACACUUAAUCUUUUACCCCCAAAAUAUGUACCGUGCACUGUACGAAUAUAUAUAUAUAUAUAUCAUGCUAUCCACUAUACAUCUAAUGUGUCUUUUUUAUCUCUGCAUCUCUCGUUGUCUAUAUAUAUUUUUAUAUAUAUAUUUGAAUACCAGUUAUGCUCUAUUUUAGUUUCCAAUCGAGAUCAUAAACUUGCAAAUUCCAUUUGUCAACUCGGUGUACGCUGUAUAACUCAACAUGUAGUAUAUAUGUAUGAAUAUCAUCUGCCCAAUGCACUAUAUAGUGUAUAGUUAUAGCCUCUGUCUGUAUGUGCAACAAAUAUUGUAACAAGACAUACAAGAUACUUAUAAAAUAAUCAAUAAAUAAAAUAAAGAAAUGAUUUAUCAA